CGGCUGAAUCUGUGACACUGAAAGUGUAAGAAGACACCAGCACACGAUAGUCAAGUUUAAAGCUUCUCGCUCCAUUGUCAGAACUUCUUGCUAUUUAUCUAUACCUAUAUGACAUGAGGUGUGCUGAGAUUUCCUGAUUUAGUCCUGUAACAUGGAGGAUCUGGCUGUGUUGAACUUGUUGGAGUGUCCUUUGUGUAUGGAGCACUUAGACGUGUCUGCCAAGGUCUUGCCAUGCCAGCACACGUUCUGUAAGCCAUGCCUACAGCAGCAUGAGGCAGAACACCCUCAUCAGAUGUGCUGCCCAGAGAGCAGAGCUCCUGUUCCAGGAUCAGUGGAGGAGCUUCCCACCAACCUGCUGCUAGUGAGACUCCUAGAGAGCCUCCCAGAGGGGGAGUGGGGACCGCUGGGCACACCGAGGGACAGAUCAGUGAGAUAUGUGUGCUCUACAGACCAAGAGGAACUUUUAAGCAGUUACAUUCAAGAUCUUCAACUUCAGCUGCCCAAACAGGGGCAGAACGCACAGGGGGUGCAAGCCCGAGCUUUAUAUGAUUUCCAGGGUAAUGUGCCUAGGGAGCUCACAAUGAAGUCAGGUGACAUCAUUUAUCUGCGUUGGAGAGUAGAUGAUAAUUGGUUUUAUGGGGAAGCCAGAGAGGGCAGUGGUCUGGUUCCGUGCAAUGUGGUACAAGUCAUAAGUGAGCAGUCCCAGCCCCUGGCUCUGUGCCGGGCGCUUUAUGACUUCAAUGCUAACCGUCUGGAUCCAGAGGACAGCAAGGAAUGUUUGACCUUCUUCAAGGGAGACAGCAUAACUGUCAUUAAACAAUUGGAUGAAAACUGGGUUGAGGGUAAACUUGGAGAGAAAGUUGGAAUUUUUCCUUUGCAGCUCACAGAGCCAAAUCCAGCGGCAUACGAGCUUCUAGAAAAACGAAAAAGGACGGACUCCGUGGAAUCACACCCACGGAGCAGCACUAGGGUUAACGUGGAUGCUCUCGCCCACAGGCGACUCUCUGGAGCAUCUCCUAAGCAAGCCAGGCCUCCAAAUGUCAGUCUCCUCAACAGCCUGAACUAUCCUCCUCUUGGCCAGAGCCUGCAGCCACCUCACAUCAGCUCCAGCGCUCACACUGCCUACAGCAAGACGCCACAACUUGAAACAUUUAACAGACCGCAUUUAAGGAGCUCUCGCAGAAACUUGCCUAAGAGGGACAGAAAAAUGAAUGGUGAAAGUCCGCCAGCCAUCACUAUGGCACUGAUUAACCCUCAGGGGCCUCCCUUACCCUCAGAGAGCAAGAUGUCUACAACCCAACAGCUCUCCAUCAGUGUGUGUGCUGCACUGUAUUCCUACACUCCCCAUCGCUCGGAGGAGCUGGAGCUGAGGAAGGGUGAAAUGGUGGGGGUUUAUGGGAAAUUCAAAGAGGGCUGGCUACGUGGACUAUCUCUCAGAACAGGCAAAGUAGGCAUCCUGCCAGCCAACUAUGUUACACCUGUGCUUAGAACGUCUGCAAGGUUUCUUGAACAAACCAAACCUGCCAUUCCUCACACAAGCACUGUAUCAACAAAAAGACACACCCCACUCAAGCCCCAGGCUGAUAUCCUGGCCUUAGACAGAGUAAACAACGACGCCCCUUCAGCUACAAUGCCCAUGGUGUCAUCUGCCGGGCUUGGUAGAGCACCGCAGCAGGGCGGGAAACAGGGGUGGGGCACAGUGAGACGCACACUCCAUGCUUCACACAGAGGGUUGCCUCACUAUGGAAGCUACAGUUCAAAUUCCAUCCUCAGCCUUCAGCCUCCACCACAGGAUUUGGGGCAGAUCUAUACUACUUAUGGUCGCUCGCCUGUUCUCCCCAAAAAGAGAAAUGGUUUAUUCUCAAAUCCCAUCAAGAUGCAACAUAGGGCAUAUGAAGCAAAAGCACCGCCUGCUGGUGGAUAUCAAACAGGAAACGGGGACCCUGCCCAAAAAGAGGCAACCACAACUCCUCAGUCAAUUCUGAUUAAACCAGAUGCUCUUAAGCACAAUGCAGAGAAGUCAAUAAAGUCAGUACGAUUCCUGACACAGGACGAGCCUCAGAUAACAAAAACGAUGCCCCCCUCAUCUGCACCACAUAUCACCACAAAUUCCCAGCCUGGCCUCUCAUCCCUAGACCACUGGAAUCCAUCAGCCAUCUUGGGUCGCAAUGGAAGUUCCUUAGUUCUUAAAGACACAAAAGCACCUCCACCCAGAAAGAGUAAAGGCCAAGAUCAUGCCACUAUGGACUGCUUCUCACUAAAUAUGAAACCAAUGCUGAUCAACAACCAGUCCAGCCCUAUUAGACACAGGAUGUUAAAGGGGUAUAACGCUAAGACAGAUGCAGAACUCACACUGACGGAAGGGGAAAUAGUUGUUGUUCAAAGGCCGCGACCGGACGGAAGGCUUCUCUUGACUCAAGAGAUCAGUGGGAAAACAGGCCUUUUCCACAGAAGCAUUCUGGAAAUACUGGACAAAGUCCUUUGAGUGUGCCACAGUUUUUUCUGUUAUGUACAUGUUCUUUGACCAGUGCUGUGUUAAGAGUCACACCGUGUCAACCUGUUGUGUAACAAACAAAUAUUAAAAGCAAUAUCCUGUGUACUUGUAGAGUAUACAUUAUUUGCAUUCUAAGUAUUGCAGUGUAUGACAGAUCACAUGUUUCAUGUACACAAAAACUAGAGUUUGUUCAAGCUUUUUCUUCAUCAUUAGUCAGCUCUGACAGAUGACUGUGCCUUUUUGUAUGCUGAAUCACUAUUUGCACUUUUUGAAUGAGAGGUGAUGAGGUUGUUAAUCUUGAGAUUGAAAAUUAUUUGGACUAAUGAAGGCCUAAUGAUGACAUGAAGUUCUCCAGAUUGGCUUUUUCACACACUAAAUCCUGUUGUAUCAAUACAGUAAUGGUGGAAUUGUUUUAUUGUGUAAAACCUCAAAGCAGCUCCAUCCUGAAAAUACAAUUAACCAAAACUCCUGUUCUCAAUCCCUGAUAUGUCAGUCUUUUUGUGUGUGUAGAAUUAUUACUAAUAAACAGAUUACAGUAAAAAUUGACUAAAGAUUGCAGCAUCUUUUAAAAAAAAAAUUGUUUAUGCCAUUUCUCCCCAAUUUUGGAAUGCCCAAUUCCCACUACUAAGUAAGGUCCUUGUGGUGGCAUGGUUACUUGCCUCAAUCUGGGUGGCAGAAGCAAGUCUCAGUUGCCUCCGCUUCUCAGACAGUCAAUCCGCGCAUUUUAUCACGUGACCCAUUGUGCACAAGACCAUGGAGACUCAUCAUAUGGAGGCUCAUGCUAUUCUUGGUGAUCCACCCACAAUUUACCCUCACUAUUGGAUUCAAACUUGCAACUCCUGGCCCAGA